UCUUUAGUACAAUGGAUCCAGUUUGUCAUGGCUACUCUCAGCAUUAUUGGAUCCAGUGCAAUCAUUGCCUAUACUAUCUUCCAGAACAUAAUGAAGUCCCCAGAGAUGAGGCCCCUUCUAUGCUUAAGUUUCUCGGACCUUCUGCUGGGCAUGUGCUGGCUCCUGGGGGCUCUGCUGUAUGGGACACCGACAGCCAAUGAGGACACAGUCUGUUAUAACCUACAAGUCACCGGCCAGAUAUUCUACACCUCAUCCUUUUUCUACACCGUCAACUACACGUGGCACCUUUACAUGGACCUGAAGGUGAAAUACAACCAGAAUGUAUACAGGGCCUCCACACUGGACUACACCUCCAGAAUUGGAUGGAUAACUGUUGUUUUGUCCAGUCUCAUCCCUCUGCUGCUGAUGGCACCUGUAUUCUGCCUGGGCAAUGCUAGUGAAUGUUUCCAUAAUUUCAGCCAGAGUCAUAGGUGUCUCCUGAUGCACUCACCACCCCCAGCAAUGGCCGAACUCCUGCCCUCUGCCAGUACUUCGGUCUGCAGAAUCCUCUACUUUUACGGGCUCAUCGUCUUCCUGGCUAGCUUCCUGUUCAGCCUGCUCGCUAUCGUGACUUUACUCAUCCGGGCCCAAAUAUUGUAUAAGAGGUUUGUGAAAUCCACUGGCUUCCUGGGGGAUGCACAAUGGGCCGUGAUCCGCGUGGUGGAGCAGCGAGUGCGUUUUUACCCAGCUGCCUUUUUUUCCUGCUGGGGUCCAGCUGUCAUCUUGGUGAUCAUCAAACUGGCCAGGCCACAGAACACCCGACUGCACAUAGCACUCUACGUUCUCCAGGCUCUCACAGCAGCAUCCCAAGGUCUGCUCAACUGUGGUGUCUAUGGCUGGACACAGCACAGACUCUACAGAUUCAGGCGGGAAAUCCAGAGGGAUGCAGACACCCAGACGCCCUUGCUACGUUCUCAGAAAAGGUUUUACACUGGCUGUCUAGCUUCCCCAGAAUCUAGCCCUACUCCAGCAGAUGCUGCCUCCACUGUCUUCUGAAGCCCACGAGGAAAUGGGGACACUCUGCAGGACUGUACAAGGCAGCAGUGGUGAGGAGGACCCUGGGAGGCUGCCACUUUGAGCUGCUUUGAACUCGUUAUCCCAGUUUCUUCUCCCUCCCUUUCUCUCCCACUAGCAUUUCAGUCCUCAGAGGAUUAUUGAUUUUGGACCCCAAGUAGUAACUUGGGGGUAGUUAUCAGUUGCCUUGGGUAGAGUCUCUUCUUGAGGAUGUUUCCGCACUCCUGUCACCAUUCAUUUUUAGUUGUAAAGAUCUCAGACCAAGCUGAUGAGCCCACCCCUACUUCCUGGGAUGGCUAUUGCCUCAGGGACACUCAGGAUUAUAGAACUCCCUUUUGGAAACAAUAAAACCCCAGGUAAUUAUUUAUAAUUGUUAUUGUUAGACACGUGUCUAUUCCUUGGAUAUGGGAAAGAAUAUUCGCCUCCUCCAACAUCUUGUCUGAGAUUGGUCUUAACAAAGACCUCAGUUUCCUCUCCUUGGAGAUGCUCAGGAGACUAUGGGAGGGGGAAAAAAAAAGGUCACAAUUGACCCCAAACCUGACUUUUCUGGAAUUAAAGGGCCUUCAUAUCCUC